AUGCCCCUCGACAAGCACAUCAACAAGCCUCUGCGCCGCCAUGUCUGGACUUCUAAGGGUCGCGCCUGGACUCGCGUCGCCGUAGACCGCGAGCGAAGAGACUUCUUUGACACCCGCGUCACUGGCCGCCCAGAGGUCUGGCAGUCUUUGCGCGCAGCCCUCGAGGUUAUCUGGGACCCUGUAGGCCAGGGUGCUGCCGACGAUGGCACUGGUGGUCUUGCGACAGCGCAAGGCAUCCUUAAUGCGGCAGAGAUCACUCUCCCCACGGGCGAUCUUGCUCAGGGUGCCUACGAUCAAUUGGGCAACUACUAUCCACUGUCUGAGUGGCUUGUCGCUGAUCCCACUAAUUUGGUUGAGGACGAUGCCACGAUCGACGGCGCCGACGAAGCGCUCUCGACUAGAGAUCUCAAGGACGAUCUUGCGGGAGGAGAGGAGACUACAGAAGAGCUAGACGAGGAAGAUAACGUCCGCCGGAGAGAAGAGAAGGGUAAGGCCGUCGUCGACGCCCGGGACCAGCUCUCCGUCCUAGCCCGCCUGAGCGAGACUGCGCGCGAUGUCACUGUCAGCUUCGUCAAGAGCGAUAGCGUCAGAACUGUUGCUCGUAAAAUUCAGGAGCAAUCAGGACUCGCCAGCACCAAAAAGAUUCGCAUCGCCUACAUGGGCAAGAUCCUUAAGGACAAUCUCUCCCUCGCGGAGCAGGGCUGGGCAGAGGGUCAUGUGGUCAACGCCCUCGUCUUCGACAGAUAG